AUGGCUUCUAACUAUACACCAUCAAAUGCUACAGAAAAUCUAUCUGAAUCAUUAUCAUCAUCACCAAAAGUAAAAGAUGAUUUUCUUAAUGAACUUCUAAUAUGUGGUAUAUGUCUUUCUCGUAUGUCAUCUCCAUGUUGUCUUCCAUGUGCACAUUCAUUUUGUCGUUCAUGUUUACUUGAUUAUGCUCAAAAUAAUAAUAUGAAUACAACAACACCAAUUUACUUUAUUCUUUGUCCAUAUUGUAAAUAUCAAUUUAAUUUUCAUUCAUAUGAACAUUUUGAAUCAAUAUUAAUUAUUAAUCCUAUACUUAAUCAACUUUGUGAAGCAUUAGAUACAUCAACAUUAAAUUCUAAUCAACAACAAGAACAACAAACUCAAUCAAAUCGAAUCUAUCAAGCACGUUGUCAUACAUGUUGUUUACCUAAUAUGUUAAAAAUAUGUAAACAUUGUUAUUUUAUGCUUUGUGAAACAUGUCGACGUACACAUUUAUUAGAUGUUCAUCGUGAAAGUAAAUUACAAUUAGAUUUACUUGAAACACAUAUUAAUUUAAUAAAUAAAAAACGUUUAGAAUUGGAUAAAAUGUCACAAGAAUAUGAUAAUAUACGACAGCGUAUAGAAAAUUAUGUUCAACAUGUUAUAAAUGAAAUUGAAAAACAACGUGAUCAUGCUUUACAAAUAAUAAAUGAACGACAAAUUUCAAAUGAUAAAGCUUUUUGGAAAGGAAAUGGUUUUGAUAAUGGAGAAAAAUUAGAUUUUUUUAUUUCACUUUUACAAAUAGGUCAAAAAAAAUUAUUAGCUAAACAUAUUACUGAUAAAGAACUCAUGGAAUUAGCAGAUAAUUUACAAACAAUACCUGAUAUCAAUGAAAAAUUAAUUGAAUUAAUACAAUUUGCACAAUUAACAUUAGAACUUGAUGAAACAUAUUCAACGAAACAAUUUAUUCGUGUAUAUGAUUAUCAAGAAUUUUCUAAUCAAGAAAAUGAAAAACCAACUAAUGAAAAUCAACAAGCAGAUUGUAUUAGUUCAUAG